AUGUAUUCUGCACCAACCACCCACCACCCACCACCAACCACCCACCACACUGACGUCUGCAACUACAACCUCGUUACCUGCACCCCAACUCCGCACGUAUUCUGCACCAACCACCCACCACCAACCACCAACCACACUGACGUCUGCAACUACAACCUCGUUACCCGCACCCCACACACCCACACCCGCACGUAUUCUGCACCAACCACCCACCACCCACCACCAACCACCCACCACACUGACAUCUGCAACUACAACCUCAUUACCCGCACCCCACGCACCCAUGCCCGCAUGUAUUCUGUACCAACCACCCACCACCAACCACCAACCACCCACCACACUGACGUCUGCAACUACAACCUCGUUACCCGCACCCCACGCACCCAGACCCGCACGUAUUCUGCACCAACCACCCACCACACUGACGUCUGCAACUACAACCUUGUUACCCACACCCCACUCACCCAGACACGCACGUAUUCUGCACCAACAACCCACCACCAACCACCCACCACACUGACGAAUCCACCCACCACCAACCACCCACCACCAACCACCCACCACACUGACGUCUGCAACUACAACCUCAUUACCCGCACCCCACGCACCCAGACCCGCACAUAUUCUGCACCAACCACCCACCACCCACCACCAACCACCCACCACCAACCACCCACCACACUGACGUCUGCAACUACAACCUCGUUACCCGCACCACACGCACCCAGACCUGCACAUAUUCUUCACCAACCAACCACCACCAACCACCCACCACCAACCACCCACCACACUCACGUCUGCAACUACAACCUCGUUACCCGCACCCCACACACCCAGACCCGCACGUAUUCUGCACCAACCACCCACCACCCACCACCAACCACCCACCACACUGACGUCUGCAACUACAACCUCGUUACCCGCACCCCACGCUGCCAGACCCGCACGUAUUCUGCACCAACCACCCACCACCCACCACCAACCACCCACCACCAACCACCCACCACACUGACGUCUGCAACUACAACCUCAUUACCCGCACCACACGCACCCAGACCCGCACGUAUUCUGCACCAACCACCCACGACACUGACGUCUGCAACUACAACCUCGUUACCCGCACCCCACGCACCCAGACCUGCACAUAUUCUUCACCAACCACCCACCACCAACCACCCACCACCAACCACCCACCACACUGACGUCUGCAACUACAACCUCGUUACCCGCACCCCACACUGCCAGACCCGCACGUAUUCUGCACCAACCACCCACCACCAACCACCCACCACACUGACGUCUGCAACUGCAACCUCGUUACCCUCAGCCCACUACGUUUUGUCAAUGGAUUCGCUUCGAGCUACGGCGACGACGUUGUCGCAGCUCAUCCGACCGGCGGCUCGUCUGCAGCAGCAGCAGCAGCGUCCUCCCCAGCAGGCGGGACUGGCCCUGCCUUUAACAGCAGCUGGCAGUUCUGCAGCGGCGCCGGCGCUGCUGUGGUAG